AUUUAUGUUCUCAAUUAUUUCUAAUUUUGUCCUACAUUCAAUCUUCUCUUUACACUCUAUAACACCCAAUCAAUUCAAAUUUAACUCAUCAAUCUUUCCAUUUUUUACUUUGCUUUUUUUUUUUUCUGUAACAUUUGAGGAAGGCUACAAUUCAUUUUUGGAAAGAUUCAAGUUCACAUUGCAAGAACAAAGAACAGAUUUUUCUUCUAUUCCAAGAUUUUCCCUUAAAAUCCAGUGGAAACUGAAUUUGGGGCAUAAAAAUGGGAGAGCCCAAGACUCCAUUAUCAAAGAUCAGAACCAUCCCAUCAUGCACUCCUGGGGGCACGAAAGUUCUAGAAGAAAAGAUACAAGUAAUGGUUCGAGUUCGGCCAUUGAGUUCAAAAGAGCAGGCAAUGUAUGAUUUGAUUGCCUUAGAAUGCCCAGAUGACCAUACAGUGAUCUUCAAGAAUCCCAAUGAUGAAAAGCCUUCCUCCUCUUUUACUUUUGAUAAAGUUUUUAGUCCAACUUGUGUGACGGCGAGGGUUUACGAAGGAGGGGCUAAGGAUGUGGCCUUAUCAGCUCUUAGUGGGAUUAAUGCAACAAUUUUCGCUUAUGGGCAGACUAGUAGUGGUAAAACAUAUACUAUGAGAGGAAUUACUGAAUAUGCAGUUGAAGACAUAUAUCACUAUAUGCAAAAUCAUGCUGAAAGGGAUUUUACAUUGAAAAUGUCGGCUUUGGAGAUUUACAAUGAGACAGUAGUCGACCUUUUAAAUAGGAGUUCUGGUCCGCUUCGACUUUUGGAUGAUCCAGAGAAAGGAACCAUUGUUGAAAAGUUGGUUGAAGAAGUUGUAAAAGAUAGUCAACAUUUGAAGCAUUUAAUUGGAGUAUGUGAAGCUCAAAGGCAAGUAGGGGAAACUGCUUUGAAUGAUAAAAGUUCAAGAUCACAUCAGAUUGUGAGACUGACCAUUGAGAGUCGCAUCAAGGAAAAGUCCGGACGUGUAAAGUCCUUCGUAGCAAGCUUGAAUCUCGUCGACCUUGCUGGGAGUGAGCGUGCCUCUCAAACCAAAAGUGUCGGUAUGCGAUUAAAAGAGGGAAGUCAUAUAAACCGCAGCUUGUUAACACUCACUCAGGUUAUCAGAAAACUGAGUGGUGGAAAAAGAACAGGUCAUAUACCAUACCGAGAAUCAAAACUUACUCGAAUUUUGCAGUCUUCGCUUGGAGGAAAUGCACGAACUGCAAUUAUCUGUACCUUAAGUCCAGCACUGAGUCACGUUGAACAAUCACGCAAUACAUUGUCGUUUGCAACAAGUGCAAAGGAAGUUACUAACACUACUAGAGUGAAUGUGGUUGUAACAGACCAACAAUUGGUUAAGCAUUUACAACAGGAAGUUGCUAGAUUGGAGGCAGAGCUGAGAAGUCCGCAACCUUCCUCUUCAUCAGCCUUAAAAGCUUUGCUAAUCGAGAAAAACAUGAAGAUUCAGAAGAUGGAGAGGGAAAUGAGAGAACUCAAGCGACAAAGAGAUAUUGCCGAGUCUCAGCUUGAGCUGGAAAGAAGCGCACGCAAAGAAAACAAGGAAUCGGACUAUUCGAGCUCAUCUCAUCAAGUGAGAAAGUGUCUGGAUUAUCCAUCCGAGACAACUUCUAGCAAGGUGACUCCUGAUGCCCGGGAAAGAAACAAAGCUGCAAGGCAUUCAAUGCUUAGGCAGUCAGUUCCAUCCAAUGAUCCUUCUUUCUUAGUGCAUGAAAUCAGGAAGCUUGAAAUGCUGCAAAGACAGCUUGGCGAAGAAGCAAAUAAAGCUCUUGAUAUACUCCAAAAGGAAGUUGCAUGUAACAGACUGGGACAGCAAGAUGCUGCCGAAAAUGUGGCCAAGCUACUGUCUGAGAUAAAAAAUAUGCAAUUAGUUAACUCGAUUUCUGAAGAGAUCAUUGUUAAGGAUAGAGCUGACCUAAAGGAGGAAAUAUGUCGAUUGAAUACCCAAGGACAGACGAUUGAAUCCUUAGAAAAGAAGCUUGAGAACGUCCAGAAUUCUGUGGAGAGGUUGGUUUGUGCCUUAGGAAAAGGUAAUGAGCUUGCUCCAGAUUCGAGGACACAAUCAAAAAGAAAGAAGGGCAUUCCAUUUAACCUAAGCAAUAGCCCAACCAUGUCAAACUUCAUAAGGGCCCCAUGUUCUCCACUUUCUUCUUCCCGGAGAGUGAUGGAUGAGAUUGGUAAUACGAUUGUAGACUCUAAAAGUAAUUUGCCGACAAUUGAUAGUUUGACAAAUUCCUGCAGAAGCACCCCUAUGAAGGAUGAUCAAGUUGGUUAUUCUCGAUCUUCUAGGGAGAAUAAUACUCCAUCAAGACAGAAAUCCCACUCGAUUAAUGUGAAAAAAAUGCAGCAGAAGUUCAAUAAUGCACUCGAGGAGAGUGCACGCAACAUAAGAGCUUAUGUGACUGAGUUGAAGGAAAGAGUAGCUAAGCUUCAGUAUCAAAAGCAGCUGCUGGUUUGUCAGGUACUAGAACUGGAGGCAGGUGAGGGAACUAUUAGUUCGCAAGAUGGUGUCAAUCAAUCCCCAUUUUCUUGGGUGUCGAUCUUCGAGGAACAAAGAAAGCAGAUAAUCAUGCUAUGGCACCUUUGCCAUGUCUCAUUGGUGCACAGAACUCAAUUUUUCCUGUUAUUCAAAGGUGAUCCUGCUGAUCAUAUAUACAUGGAAGUCGAGCUUCGAAGAUUAACAUGGUUAGAACAACACUUAUCAGACCUUGGAAAUGCUAGCCCUGCACUCUUAAGUGAUGAACCAGCCUCCUAUGUUUCUUCAAGCAUUCGGGCUCUUAAACAAGAACGGGAAAAUUUGGCGAAGCGAGUGAGUUCAAGACUAUCACCUGAGGAAAGGGAAGCAUUGUACUGUAAAUGGGAUAUCCCACCUGAAGGGAAACAAAAGAGAAGAUUGCAGUUGGUGAACAAAUUGUGGACUGAUCCUCACAAUAUGCAACAUGUACAAGAAAGUGCAGAGAUUGUUGCAAAGUUAGUUGGGUUUUGUGAAUCUGAUGAGAAACUAACAAGGGAGAUGUUUGAGCUUAAUUUCAAGUCUCCUUGUGAUAAGAAGACAUGGAUAGGGUGGAACUUGAUAUCAAAUCUUUUGCAUCUGUAAAUAAAAUUAAUUACUCAACUUAAUUACACUACACUAUUGUGUAUAUUUUGUUUGUGAUUAUGAGUUUAUUACUACAUAACUGACUUAACUAUUAUUAUUGUUCUUAGAUUUCAUCUGCUUUGUAGUGUAAGUAUUAAUCACUACACACCAUUUAUCUCCCUCGGGUAGAUGAUCAUUUAUAAUUAUAUAUUCUUCGU